CCAUCAUUCGUCACUGUCAAGGUGGCCCGCUCAACCCUUUUUUUUGGCUUUGGGUUUGUUGGAAGGCCAGAUCAAGCCGGCAGCGAACCGACCAUCAGUACCUAGUGGCGGCUCCGAGGUUCCAUGCCGCGUGCAGCAGUGCUGUCUGCAACGACGACGAAAACCUCGUUAACCCUACCUGCAUUCCACGACCGUGGUUUUAAAUCGCCACUGCGGGCGGCGACGUCCCCGGUAGUUCCGUCCACCGCAAACGGGCGAAACCCACCACCGACCACACAACACGAGGCCUCUCUCAUCGCUCGACCCACGCCUAGCAUCGAGUUGUCUGCGCCCAGCCGUCCAGCUGCGUAGCCUCCCUGCCUCGACUGGCCGACGGGCAAGCACGCUGCGCCUUCAAUCCCUUCCGCUGAAUUGACCACAAACACCAACUCAGACCCCCGGGCUGGGGCAGACCGACACCACCCGAACAAGCCGCGCCGCCCGGCCUGGCGCCCCUCGAUUUCCUGCCAUUCUCCAGCCGCCCGAGGCCCAUAGACCGAUCUGGCUGAGCCAGCGAGACAUCCCCACCCUUCUUUGUCGGAUGGCGCGCCCUUGAAACGACCAUCUUCUUGCGCAGACAGAAACCAUGGACGAUCCGCUAGCCGACGCCGUGCUGCUCGCCGACCCGGAGCCCAUCACCCACGCCCGCCGCCGCUUCUCCAAUAGCAGUCAAAAGGCGAGGGCCCAGGCUGCCCACCAUGCCGCCAACUCGCCAGACCUCGCGGGCGCCGCAGACCCCGACACGUGCCGCAUAUGUCGUGGAGAGGCCACCGAGGAUGAGCCGCUCUUCUACCCGUGCAAGUGCAGCGGUAGCAUCAAGUUCGUCCACCAAAACUGUCUGAUGGAGUGGCUGUCGCACUCUCAAAAGAAGCACUGCGAGCUGUGCAAGACUCCGUUCCGCUUCACAAAGCUCUACGACCGCCGCAUGCCCCAGACCCUGCCAUUCGCCGUCUUCGUCUCCCAUGUCGUCAAGUACCUGCUCACCAACAUGCUGGGUUGGCUGCGCGCCGCCCUGGUCGCCGGGAUCUGGCUUGUCUGCCUGCCAUACCUUAUGAGGUCGAUAUGGUCGCUGAUGUUCUGGAUUAGCGACGAGGGCUUUGGAGGCGGAGCUGCCAGCCAAAUCCUUGCUCAUGCCAGCACCCAGGGCUGCAUGUGCCCCGUCGGCCGCGAUGCCGUGACCGCCGCCGCUCGCGCCGUCUGUCCAUCGACCCCUCUUUUGGCAUCAGUGAUUCCUACCGGCGAACUCCCACGCGGCAAAACCCUCGACGUGUCCAGCAGCCCUCUUGGCACUCCCCUACACGCCCAAGUUUUGCAUUUGGUUCUCUCCAGUGUCGGACUGGUCGGCGACGCCCCCACCACCUCCUCCGAUGCCCUGUCCAUGCCCAUCGUAACACAAACCAUGCCUAGACAACCGGCGCCACAGCGCUCACUUCUCGGGGACGUUGCCUUGUUCAACAACAUCACGCCGUUGCCAUGGCUGAACAGGAACCUGAUCUAUGUGGCCGAGGGUCAGAUCAUCACCGUCCUGGUAAUCCUGUGCUUCAUUCUCAUUAUCCUGGUCCGUGACUACGUCGUACUACAGCAGCCCGAGAUCAAUAUGCGCGCAGCCUUCGCUGCUGCCGAGAACCGAGGCGCGCGAGCUGGUCUGAUGGGUGACCCCGCCGCCGGCCUCCGCGCCGAAGAUAUCGCUGCGCUUAGGGGCCCCGACCCUAUCGAGUUCGACGAUGAUUCAGACGAUGAUACCGCGUCGAUGGCUUCGGAUCGAGCUCAGGAUGGGUCAGCUAUCCGAGGAGGGCAACCCCGUGCGCGUCUCGCGGCAGAGACUUAUGUGCCAGUGCCCAUACCCCCAUAUCGCAGGCGCCCUGUUCAGCUUGCUAUUGACAACGGAGAGGAGUCGAGUACCGCGAGAGCGGAGCGUGCGCUGCCCAGCGAAGGCACACCUGGAACUUUGGCUGGGCACAUGCCUCAGGCGCACGGGUCCCAGGACGAUAUGGUUGGCCCAGCGGGCCGCCACCUGGGAUUUGUGGAGCCGCUUUCGGUUAGGGAGUUCACGCGCGUUUACCACGAGGCUCAUGGCGAUUCAGACGAGAUGGCCAGACUGUUCCAAGAACGCGGCCAGGGGGCCAGGGCCGAGCCGUGGCUGAGACUGAGGCGAGAGAAGGAGGCGAGUAUGGCAGCAAGUGAGUCUGGCCCGAGCUCUGAGCAAUCGUCGGUGCCACACGACCGGCAGACCCAGACCGUGGAUCGCGACGUACCGGAGCAAGGCGAUGAAUGCACACCCUCCGUUACUGAGCAAGAGCCCGUUUCUUCCCACGAUUCGGAUCAGUCUUCGUCAGACUGGACCAUUCCCACCGACUCAGCUGGGGAAGAAGAUGGUCCGUCGACUAUCAAAGGUAAAGAAGCCGAGGCUGGCGUUCAACCCGAUUCAAACCCGCCACCCGCAGCACUUGCGCCAGUCCCCUCAGCCAAGGGCAAAGAGAAGGCAGUGGAAGAGGUACCUUCAUUACCUGACCACGUCGUCGCUCCCCGACCAAGGGCAAACACGGAUGGGCCUUUGAUCCAUGAUGGAGUGCACCCGCUGGCAAACAACUCAUGGGCCUUUUCGCCUUUGGACCAGCCGUCGUCAAGCUCCUCGGCACGUGCUGUGCCAGCUGAUGCGAGCGGGACUGAGUGGGCUCCGUCAUCAUCUGACUUGCAAGCCGACGAUGAGGAAAUCGUCUCGCCACCGGCCUCUCAAGAAACGCAGCCAUCUGCGGCGGAUGUGUCUGGCGAGGGAGAAACGCUAGCAUGGGUCAACCUCCCCGAUUUCAAUGAUAUGCAGAUAAACCCGGCAGCACAAGAGGGCCGGCAGCAGCCUCACGAAGAGAGGCAGCCUGCGGGGAUCAUAGAGAGGCUGGCCGAAUUCAUGUGGCGGGGCGUUGACCCCGCCGCCGGAGGCGCAGAGCAGCGCGCUCGCGUGAGGGCGUUUCUGGGGGACCCAGACCAUGAGUUCGGACUGGGCGAGUUGAUGGAGCAUGACGGCCAGGAUGGGCAUGGGGGUGACGACGAGGCGCGUGACGAAGAGCAUCCGGAUUUGGGCGCUCCUGCGGCCAUGGAGGGCCCAGAACUGCAGCGACAACGGGAACAGCUACAGCGCGACGCCGAGGCCGUCCAGGAGGCCGUCGCUGCCAUGGACCCCGAAGCCAUCGAGGAUGCCGAGGACUUUGAGGGCGUGAUGGAGCUGCUAGGCAUGCGCGGGCCCCUUGCUGGGCUUUUCCAAAACGCCGUCUUCUGCUCGUUCCUGGUGUCGGUGACGGUGUUUGCUGGCAUCUUUGUGCCCUAUAACAUCGGCCGCGUAUGCGUCUGGGUGCUGGCCAACCCGAUGCGUCCGGUGCGCAUCGUCUUCAGCACCGUCAAGCUCGUGCAAGACUGCGCCCUCGUGGCGGCCGGCAUGGCGUCAUGGCUCGCUCUUCGAAUUGCCAACAUGGUCAGUCCGCUGCUGGCGCUGCAGAGCCUAUCUCGGCGCUACGUGAUGCCGCUCGUGCGCGCGUCGUACUACAUGUCGCUCGACGCGGCGCGCCGCAUUGUCGAAAGUUUUACGGUCGAUCCGCCUGUCAUCUCGACCAGCGAGAUUCGCAACUUUUCGGCCGUCAGCCAUGAUGCCCUGCUCUCCAUAAAAGCCAACAUCGCCCUAGUCUUUUACGCGGUUUCCCGUGGGCUUACAUUCGUCUUCGGGGGCGACUACUCGAGCAAGAGUGGCGAGGUGGCGUCCUUUGUGGGAAACGCGACCAGCGCCGCGUGGGGCGGGCUCAGGGAGAUACCCAGUGUGCUGGCAGACCCCGGAUCCUGGGUCAUCAACCUCAGCCCGGCCGAGGCGCCGGCUGCCGUGAACCCAGAUCUCGCCUUCUGGGACGGUACGGACCGGUUCUGGGCGGUGCUGGGCGGCUAUCUGGCACUCUGCGUGGCGGCGGCACUGUACCUGCACCGCGGGCGGCCCUUCUCGACCAGCGCAUCGGGCCAGGAGCGCGAGGCGUCCAUCGUGGAUGGGCUCAACCAGGCCAGCGGGGUCAUGAAGGUGAUCCUCAUCAUCGGCAUCGAGAUGCUCAUCUUCCCGCUGUACUGUGGCCUGUUGCUUGACGUGGCGCUGCUGCCGCUGUUUGAGAAGACGACGCUGCGGUCGAGGGUGCUGUUCACGUACAACUACCCGCUCACAUCCAUGUUUGUGCACUGGUUCGUCGGGACGGGCUACAUGUUCCACUUCGCCCUGUUUGUGUCCAUGUGUCGCAAGAUUAUGCGCAAGGGCGUUUUGUACUUCAUCCGAGACCCCGACGACCCCGAGUUCCAUCCGGUCCGCGAUGUGUUGGAGCGCAACGUUACGACGCAGCUACGCAAGAUCCUCUUUUCGGCCUUUGUGUACGGCGCCUUGGUCAUGGUGUGCCUGGGUGGCGUCGUUUGGGGCCUGUGGGCGUCGCUCCCUGGCGUGCUGCCCAUCCACUACUCGUCCAACGAGCCCGUGCUCGAGUUCCCCAUCGAUCUGCUCUUUUAUAACUUCCUGAUGCCGCUCGCAGUCAACUUCUUCCGCCCCAGUGACGGGCUGCACGCCAUGUACACGUGGUGGUUCCGCCGCUGCGCUCGGGCCCUGCGCGUUACCUGGUUCCUGUUUGGCGAGCGUCGCAUCGAUGAAGAGGGUGCGCUUAUGCUGGGCGCCACGUCUGAUGCCCGCAAGCUGCCCUUCUGGCGUAGGCUCUUCCUCGAGGUCGACGAUGGGGCUGAGGUGGUGCCCAAGCAGUGGCACAAGCUGUUCGACAUGGACAAGCCACGCACCACGGCCGAAAUGUCGCCCGAGGAGCUGGAAGCGCUCGCGCUGCGCAAGCGCCUGCUUGUGCUUUCGAAGCAGAUCGUGCCCGACGGCCACUUCGUGCGGACCCCGGCAUCGGACCAGGUCAAGGUGCCCAAGGGCCGGCGAGUCUUCCUCGACGUGACCGAGGCCAACGUGCGGGAUGACGGGCUGCCCGACGUAGGCGUUGGUGCCGACCUCUACUCGAGCGAGAGCUACCAGCUCGUAUACAUCCCGCCGCACUUCCGCGUGCGCGUCUUCCUCUUCAUCCUGUCCAUCUGGAUCUUUGCCGCCGUCACGGGCGUCAGCCUCACCAUCAUCCCCCUCGUCUUCGGCCGCCGUGUCUUCAAGAUGCUGAUUCCCUCCCAUAUCCGGACUAAUGACAUCUACGCCUUCAGCAUCGGCAUCUACGUCCUGGGCUCGGUGGCCUACGGACUCUUCCAUCUCGGCAGGCUGUGCAGCAAGUCCAAGGACUGGGUUUCCAAGGCAGCCUCGGCCGCCCGGGACCACGCGGCAGCGCGCAAGGCCGCCGCCGUGGCCACCAGAGCCGCCAAGCUUGUCUACUGCUAUUUCUUCCUGCUCGUCGUCUUCCCGCUGCUUGUCUCGUCCCUGAUCGAGCUCUACUGCCUCAUCCCGCUCGACACCUACAUGUACUCGGCCCUCUUUGUCGACGGCGGCCCGGGCGGUCGCCCCAGCAGCAUCAUGCUCGGCCCACCGGCCGCCACGGGCUCUACGCACACCAUCCGUGUCAUCCAAGCCUGGACCAUUGGACUUCUCUACCUCAAGCUCUCGGCCCGAAUCGUCGACCUGUGGUACGAGGAGUCGCGGCCAGCCGCGGCCCUGCGCGCUAUCGUCGCUGGCGGCUGGCUCAAUCCCGACGCCGGGGUCCUGACACGUGCCUUUGUCAUACCAGGCCUCGUGCUGUCGGCCGUGGCUAUCGUCGGCCCUCUUGUCUCGGCCCACGUGUUCCUCUCGUGCUUCCAGAACGCCAACACUGGCCUCGACGCCGCAGCGGCGGCACCCGCAGCGGGCAUCAACCCGACGCUUGUGUACCGCCUGAGCUUCCCUGUUGCGGCCAUGGGCGUCCUCCUGGCUUCCAUGGCGUGGGCCACACUGGGAAUUUUCCGCUCGUGGCGCGUCCGCAUCAGAGACGAGGCGUACCUGAUUGGGGAGCGUCUGCACAACUUUGGAGUGGGCUCUUCAGGUCCUCCACCGGCAACCCCAGGCAGCCACAACCACCCCCGUGCCAGGGUUGCGUGGCGCGAAGGCGGUGCCGCAGCGAUAUGAUGGAGAAGCAGAAGCACAUGCCGCCUUGGGCCGUCAUGGUCCCAGCUCGUCUGUUCUCGUUCCGCCCACAUUCCUUGGCCGCAUGGGCCCUCGAAAUGAUACUCAGGUCCCGGCAGACGCCACAACAUCAUCUCAUCCCUCUUGUAUAUAUCCUGAUAGUCGCAAUCAAGUGCAUCAUUAUAGACUAAUCAUAAACCUUCCGUCAUGGCACUGUCAGAGUAUCAUGUCGGCAACGCGGCACAACAUGCUCCUGGCUCAAGCACGCAGGCCGACUAGUUUGCUUGGACAGGCGCCUCAUACAACACCC